ACUGAAGACUGAGGGUUAUGUUUCUGGCGCCGAAAUCUGGCUACUAUGAAUCUCAAGGUCUUCGGGCUCAUGGUUGUUAAGCUCGCUCAUUUUAAAUCCGAAUUCCUAGUACGCAAAUAUUUUAAUAUGUGCCAUUUUGUGUAGAUACUAAACGGUGGUCAUAAUUAAAAGGUUAUCGACACAACGGCUGAAGCAUGUGGUUUGUAUAAUUACUAGAGGUGAAGGCUUUACUGCUGAGUUACGAGCCUGUCUUUUGUUCGAACAAUGAGUUAGUAGUACCUUCGACUUCUAUGUGUUUAGCUCAAAAUACAAACUAAAAAUGGGAAACUUUUGUGCUUGUUGUGCUUGGAAGUCUCAUGACAAACCGAUGGGUGAAACAAAUGUCAUCAAUUAUGGAUCUGCCGUUCCUAAUCAUGUUGGCCAUGUAGGAAAAUCACAAUCAGGUUGCCACUCAGAAUGUGCCAAGGAUGGUUUAUCUGGUUAUCGUUCUUUAUCAAAUGAUCCUUCACAUUUAAAUAAUUCUUAUCCUUAUCAUCGUUCAGAUAGUCGCAUUUCUAGAGCAGGGCACAAUGGUCCAGCUUCUCUGGGAGAUAUGCAAGGGGUGAGAGACUUUUCUUAUCGAACACAAGGGGACUUUGGUAUGAGCGUCGAACCUUCAGACUUCAUGCUUUCCUCAGUGUACACACAAUCAAGCACUUCAAACUUGCAGCAUAUCUCAGAGAGAGAACCAGAUGAUACUGAGGCUGAUCCAUCUUUAAAUCCAACUAAAAGAACAUUAUUUAUGCAACGUUCAAGUAAAGACAUUGAAAGAAAACUUCGUGAAAUUCGAACUAAAUAUGAUCGUAAUGUUCCACGAACUCGUCAAAAUACCAUUCCUGUACUUUAUCGUUCCAGUUCUACAUCAACUAUAUGGCUGCAUGAUUCAACUGUAACUAGACCAGAUCCUAAAUCCACUGUUCGCGCAUUAGCUCAGGCAAUUUAUUUACAGAUUAAGCAUAGAAAUCAUAAAAUUGCUUGUGAUCCUAUGAUUGAAAUAUUCGAUGAAUCUUUACAUCCUAUACAGAAUGAGCCAGUUCCUUUCGAUUAUGCUACACGUGAUCCAGAUUUGAAAACAGUAUAUCGGUUCAUUCGUAAUUUAUUCCAAAUGGCCCAGCUUUCUCCAGAAUGUGCAAUUGUUACUAUGGUUUACUUGGAACGUCUUUUGACUAGUGCUGAGACAGAAUUGACACCAAGUUCUUGGAAAAGAAUAGUUUUAUGCGCUAUAGUACUGGCUAGUAAAGUAUGGGAUGACCAAGCUGUUUGGAAUGUAGAUUAUUGUCAAAUUUUAAAAGAUAUGCAAGUUGAUGAUGUAAAUGAAUUAGAAAGACGAUUUUUGGAAAUAAUUCAAUUCAAUAUUAAUGUACCUAGUUCAGUUUAUGCGAAAUAUUAUUUUGAUAUUAGAUCAUUAUGUGGACCUAGUUAUCAGCCAACGUUAUUAUCUACCGAUCGUGCCUAUAAACUUGAGGCAUUUUCACGAGUAAUGGACGAUCAAUUUCAUGAUCUUGUUCAAAAAUGUCUUACCAAGAAAAAAUGGGGUAGUUUGGAUAGCUUAACAUCUUCACCUUCAUUUCGACGUGCCAUUAUAUCUUGAAAUAGCUGUAUCAACCGGAUUUGUUUUUCUUUACAUUCUGCACUAACGUGACAAUUUAAUUAUUGGCUGGUUUUAUUUACCAUUUUCGGACCUCCUAAUAUCCGUCCUACAUUAAUAUUCUAUUGAGAACAUCAUUAUUGACUAAUUUUUUUUUAAAGUACAUACACACCAAACUCUCCAGUGUCUCAUAUGCAUACAUUUUGUAAUCUAAUUGAUCUCAAUUUAUUUCUUCAACUAACAGACAAACGAAUUGCAUUUGUGUAUAGUAAUUCACACGUAUAAAUCAUUUGUUGAAUUACAAAGAAUUUCUGCUUCACAAGGAACAUUAAUACAAAUUAUUAGUGUUCAGUAUAUAUACAUAGUAUGCAUGCUUUUAAUAACAAUGUAAUAUUUGCCCAUUUCUAUUCCAUUUAUUGGUCUUACUUAUUAAUAUUGCUCAAAGUUCUUUUUAUAAAUUUUGGUUGUCUUUCAACACAAAUUUUUAGUUUAACCUAUGUAUGUGUGCAUAUUCUCAUUUCGAAUUAAUGUGGCUUUUGUUUGUUUGUAUUUUUAAAAAUUUCUGUUCAUUUUUAUUUGUUGUAUGCAUUUUCCUCAUUUUAUUUCUUUUGUUGCUGUCUUUUAAUGAGAAGAUAAUGUGUAGGCAAUAUAUAUAUAAACCAGUGAAACAUUCAAGGGAUAAGCGUUGUUGUCACCACCAAGUUGGUUGUACUUUUUUUUCAUACAAAAACUAAUGAAAAUUGUCAGAGCAUUUUCUUCCUUCUCCAUUCUCAAGAUAGUUGUUUAUGUGUAGUAGUGUUAGUUGGUGCAAUCUUAUUGUUUUAUAAACAUAUUUCUUCUACAUCCUACUACACGAUUAAAUAAUCUCUCUAUGUUGUGACGAUCCUGAUAUUAUUAUAUAAAAAAUAUGUAUAUGUAUCGCAUCCUCUCCUAUUUUUCUCUUAUAAUAAUAUUUGAUAUAUAUAUAUAUAUAUAUAUAUAUAUAUAUAUAUAUCGGUUAAUAAAACAAAAUACCAUCAUAACAAUUUAUUUAACUGGAUGUACACCUCUCGAAAUCUUUUUUUUUAAAAAGUGUUUGAUCAAAUUUACAUCAGUAACCCAUAAAUUCACUCCACUUGGAUAUAACUGCUUUUGACAUUCGAUUUUGUUUCUAAAACCAUUAUGCUCACAAUUAAAAAAGUACAUGUGAAUAUAUCAUUUUUGUUGUGUUUUAAUUUCUAAAAAGUUUUUGUAUACAGAAUACGUAAUAG